GGCACGGCCAGAGGAGCGGCCGGCAGGGAGGCAGCGCAGGGGGACACCGCGGCCAUGGGACACCCCUGCCACCAGCAGCCCCCGCAGCGCUGCCGGAGGAAGGCAGGGGACGGCGCGGCGCCGCCGGGGUCCCCGCUCCUCCUCCUCCUCCUCCUCGCCUCCUCGAUGCCUGCUUGCGAAGGGGCACCGAUGCCAUCCCAACCACUCGAGGCAGAUCAGGAUUUGCAGCUGUGGAAAGAGAUAGAUGAUGCGUGUUCUGCCUACCUGUCCAGAGAUUCCCAGCCUCAGGCGUCCAGUGCGCUGGAGGAACUUUGUUUUCUGGUCGUGGGUUUUCUCCAGAAACCACAGGGUUUAGAUGAAAAAGACAACACCAAAAGGUUCUUAUUUCAUUAUUCUAAGACUCAUGACUCAGGCAACUCAGACAUCACGUCGUCUGUCCUGCAUCCUUUGCUGCAACUCGUUCCCCAGCUUAAUGAGAGAAGAAUGAAGAGAUACAAAGUGGACGAAGAACUUCAAGGACCUGGAGGGAUUCAAAGUAGAGGCUACUUUUUCUACAGGCCACGCAACGGAAGGAGAUCAGUGGAUUUUCGCUAAGGAGGAUUUUAGAUUCCUGACCUAGAACGAAUGCUGCAGGAAUGCUGAGAACAUGGACAUACCGUUUUCCUUACAAAAAUUAUUCGUUACCAAUGUACAAUUAAAAAUGACUAGAAUGUAAAUGUUCUUAAAUUAGAUUCCGUUAGGAUUCAAAUGUUUCUUUACUUUGUUGAUUAUAU